AUGCAUCUUUCUCUAAACCUGUUCCCGAUACUACUUCAGCGACUAAAUGAACUGGCGCACAACCUGCGGGCCCGUGAACAAGAGCUGGCCGGCCGAGGCUCGAACCACUUCGGACCGGGACUCGGCAUGGCCGACCGCCAGACAGAAGAGGACAAACGUCUGAUAGUCGAAAAUCAGCAAUUACAGGCCAACCUUAAUGUAAUGACACGUCGACUCGCCGUGAAGGAGGAGAGUUUGGCCAAGCUCAAUGCUCUUCUUCAAGAGGCCUAUCGAGAAGCGGAACAUCUUACAAAGAAGCAUGCCUCGGAGCUGGCUGCUCUUAAGGAAGAGGUAUGGCAAGAUGGCAUCAAGGGCAGACCAAAGAGAUUGGUAAACAGGGCCAAGCGGAUGAGGAAGUUGAAAAAUGUCACCUCCAGCCUUGCUUUUGUUCUCGUCUUAUCUUGA